AUGGCGAAGCCAACAGCGGGAAUAGUUGUUGAACUCGAGACUAAGGUAAAUUCGUUGCUAAUACAUUGUGUUUUAGCUCUGAACAAAGUUAAAAGUUCAUGCCGCCAUAUUUUGUACUGCAAGCGAUCGACUCCCUGAUGCUCUUUCAACCGUAGCCAGAAGCAACUUGUUCUUAGUUUAAUUUACCCACGCACUGUUUUUCACCUGUCUCAAUCAUAUCGAUAAUCUAUGAAAGAUAUCCAAAUUGUCCUUUUUUCUUUUCUCGUUUGAAACACUAAUUAAAGCUUAUGCUAAUAGGUUUUUUUUCACACGAGGCAUACAGCCAUGGUUGAGCAUAAUUUUUUUUGUCUAAUUGGGCGAUGACUUCAGCCAAACCACAGUCUGGCAGAUUUUACUUUUUAAAAAUAAGCCUGAACAUGUACAAUAGUCAACGAUAGAUCUUAAGCACUGACGAUUUUUGAAAGUGUAUUGUAAUAUAUGAGGGUCUAAAAUUUUUUGUGUAAUACCCUUGAAAAUUAUCGCGUUCCAUUUUCGGCAGUUCGAAACUGAUUAAUGUUGGGCCCCAUACGGUUUUAGGAAUUCUUGGAAGUAAAAUGAUUAAUUUGCUUAUUUAUGAUUAAUUUAGUUAUCUUUUCAUAUCGCUGUUGGUAUUUGAAAGCAACUUUCCAUUCGACCAAAACUUCCGGUUUUUAGUAAUCCGCAAAUUCCGUGUAGCAAAUGGAACAGGCCCUGGCUGGUUUAUAAAAAGCUCAUUACUACUACCCCUUACGCCAAUUAGAGUACACUAGACAAUGUUUUUCUAGAUAAAAAUGUGAAAUGGUCGUUCUGAGAGUGCCACAACUUUUCAUACAAGACCCAACUCCAAACAGGUUCUGAGGAUUUCUGAAGUCAUUCUGAACAGUUUCAAAGUUUUCAGUUCCAGUGCUUUCCAUUCUAAAGAUUUAGAUUUUGGGGGAACGUAUGAAGCCUGAAUUUCAGACGAUUACUUCAAGUCGUUUUUACUCCCGCAGUAACAUCUGAAUCGACUGCCCAUUAAUGCCGUCCAGUGACAUCACUUCUUCUUUGACCGUAAUUCAUGUUUGAUGUUCAAAGUUUCAACUGCUUGCAGUACUCUGAAUGAAUCUGUUGUAAUUCUGUAAUCAAACUCAAUCACAAUGAAAUAUAAAAUACACACACACUGAACACUUCAAAAACACAACAAUUUUCUUUAAUUGAAAAGAAUCUAUUUGGUCCUUAAUGAAGAAUAAAGAAAACAAGACAAAAGCUAACAGUAUUGCCACACCUGAACUUUGGAAAUUACAAGAAGGUUGAAUCUCAGAAAACUUCGCAUAAACAAAAUCACUGCUGAAUUACAAAGCGGCUCUAAAUGAAAAACCUCCGCACUCUCCGCAAUGAUUCUUCAUUCAUAGUUCAAUUUAUCAAUUCAUAGUCUUGAAGACAAGUGUAAUUUUGCUGUUUGCGAUAAAGAUUGUUGAAAUUUUUCAACUCCACGUAAUCUGCUGAAUAUCAAAUGACAGUCCCGCUAAAAUGUCUCGUAAUUUUAAUUAUGCGAAUGCUUGGACAAUCAGCCAAUCAAAAUUACUACCUGUUUUUUGGGUUGUGACGUCACUGGAUGGCAUCAACGGCAGGUCAAUUCAGACGUUACUGAGGGAGUAAAAACGACUUGAAGUAAUCAUCUGAAAUUCAGGCUGGAACGUAUGAUCAUUUAGACCAGUUUGAUUGGGGCACGAGGAAAUCUGAUUUUGCAGCAACAGCCAUUUUUAACUCUAACUUUGUCUAGGGAAGGAACCAGUUUUUGUGAACACUUUAAGGUCGGUACACACUAGGCGACAAGUUGCAGCAACAUGUUGUGGCGACACAUUGCAGCAACAAAUCAAUUCGUGUGUAGUGGAGAAUUUUGUGAAAACUUUGUUGCUGCAACAGAAUUUUGUCGCCUCAACAAGUCGCACAGAUUCAGUCUGAUUUGAUUUUUUGCUACUCGUUGCAGCGACAAAAUUCUGUCACGGAGACAAAGAUUUUCACAAAAAUUCUCCAGUACACACGAAGCGAUUUGUCGCUGCGAUGUGCGCCUCGCCUUGUUGCUGCAACUAGUCACCCGACCUGUACACAUGGGGUGAUCUGUCAAACACCGCGACAAAACGCAAUGCACAUGAGCACAAAAUUUAAUAUCCGGUCAGCUUUUUAUUUCCAGUGUAGUAUAUAAACCAAUAGCGUAAGCAUAACUUUGCUGUCGCGCCAAGUUUAAAAGCAAAAAGGGCGAAACAGACAAAAAAGGGGGCCAAAAAAAUCACUUCAUUCGAAAGCUUAUAUAUUUUUCCAUUCUCAAACUUUUGCACCACAUGGUUAUCUGUUUGCACCAACGGUGAAAAUGAUGUUUGAAGUUUGCAGGUCGCGAGCGCUCGACAAGACGAAUUUGUUUUUACUGGCUUUCUUGCAUGCUACUGGUUUGGCAUAAGUUAAUUUGGGAGAAGGCGACAACUAAGAAAAGAAUAACAAUACUUAUGAAAGAAACCAAAAUAAAGACGUCAUCAUUAUCAUAAAAACACUAAAACCAGGAAAUAAAAUUUUAGUCCGUUCAAUAAUUUGUUUUAUUAUCAGAGAAAACAAGAACUCAAAACAAGAGAUGGGCGGGAUUUAAUAACAACUUUGACUUUGAUGACUGCAAUCACCGGGAAACUAAACAUGCCUAUAAAUGACUUUCAUUCAAGAAAAUGCCUAUUUAAUUCUUUUACAUGGUUGUUCUUUUGUUGAAGUCUUCAAUAAUUUCAGACUGUGCGGCUUGGCUGCAUCUCAUGCAAACACGAAACUUCUAGCUCCUAAAUACAUGGCAUGAAAAGUUCGACUUCUAAAAGCCACUGAACCAGCUUUCGCUCUCUGAUUCUGAGAAUGAAAAAAUAGAUAAAUAGAGUUGUCAACUUGCUGCCAACCGGCUCAACAGUAUAAUUAAGCUUAUGUUUCAUGGCAAUCAACCCAGAAGAGUUUCGUUUUAAAACACGGUAAAACCCACUGGUAAACAAAACUACAAAGCGAUUGUGUGUUGUCGUUUUCCAAAUAAAGUUUGAAUCGGCUUUAACACAUGUAGACUGAGAAACUGAAGAACUGAAAAUUAGAACUACAAUACACAAGCUUGCAAUGAUAACGUUUUAAUUUUAUGUCUUAGUUUCAGCCAGGUUAAGUGAAAAAUAACAGUCAAAAACUUUAUUUUCGUGAAUGAAAAUCAGUUUACCUGACGCUCUAGCCAAAAUUACACACUGAGUUAUUAUCAUCUUACCUUUUCUGAAUCUAAUCGACUAAUUGUUUCAGUGAUCUGUGCCUGGUUAUCCAUAAAAGCAAUUUCAAUAACUACAAAAUAGUCAAAAACUCGAGCAGCAUAAAGCAGAACAACUGAAACACAAGCUGCACACAGAAUGAAGCCGAGAGCGCGCGGGAGACUUUGAUCUGACUGGAAAGUGUGACUGAAAAAGAGACCGGAAAUGCUCAACCUGGCGCAUGCGUAGACGUUUUGCCGCGGUGUUGAUCUGUCACCGCGACGUGUUGCUGCAACUUGUCGCCUGGUGUGUACCGACCUUUAAUGUGCAGAUGUCUGGCUCACUCACUGACUCACUCAGGUGUAGAUAUUUUGAAAUAAUAUUACAAGUUGACACCAAACAACAGGGUGCGUACAGGUCAAGUCAUGGAUUUUAAGAAUUUCAUUUUCCAGGCCUGGAAAGUCAUGGAAUUUAAUUUUUGGCCCAUGGAAGUCAUGGAAAAUUAAAGUUUUGUUUGAUAAAUUAGUUACUGCAGAUGUCAAGGCAAGGACAAUGGAAGACAGAAAGGAGAAAUUAAACAGCACAAACGGCAUGCAUUGUGGUGGACACCAGAGUUUGUGUCUGUUGAAUUGUUUAAGGUCAAGAAUAACCUAAGCAAGGAAAGUUUAUAAAUUUUCUGAAACUAACAGCUAAACCUAAGGUCCUGGAAAAGUUGAAAAGGUCUUUGAAAAAGUCAUGGAAAGUCGUGGAAUUUGAACACUGAACAAGAGUGCCCAUAUCAAAAGGACAAAAAUUGUCAAAGAUCAAUUGUUUCCGGAGGGCCUAACCUUAUCUGUGGAAGCAACAACUUACCUAAAGUUGAUCAAAAUUAAAGGGACUGUGUCAGGGCAGCACAGUUUAUUUUGUUUAAUUUUGCCAAUAAUUACUCGUCCUCAAAUCGCUAUGGAACGUAAAGUAAGCAAAGAGAUUACAUGUAAAUGACAAAGUCAGUGAUUCGAGACAAAUAUGUCUCCUGAGCAUUAUUUUCAAAGUUGCAAACAGCAGAGAUAACCGUUUAAAAACUGUUAGGUUGAACAGUUUUCAAAAACUCUAAUUUCAAUCCGUUUCAAUCUUCAGUUUUGCCCAUCUGUGGCAUCUGUUGUAGCCUUCCUUUAAUGUUUUAAGAGGUUAUUUUUAUGUUUCUCUCGGAUUUAACGGGCAUUUUGUAAUUACCUAAUUUGGCUGAAUUUGGUGACACAGCUCCUUUAAACCACAUGCUUUAACACUCUGCUCAGAGAGGAGAGGCAGCUUUACUAGUAAAUUUUAUGAAUGCUAAAGGUUAUAGUUUGGAUUUUUUUGUCUUCUUACUGCCAAACUCAGAAAACCGUAAACACCGAAAAAUUUCAGGAAUGUUGAUUGUGUACAUGUGGUGACCAAUCACAGUUAAGUUCUAGGCACUUGAGCAAACCGCAAAGUAAUAACUUUUUUUUUUUCAGUUUUAUAAGUUUUCUCACUCCUUAUUGGGUAUUUCCUUGUAACGCAGUAACAUUCCAUAAAAAUAUUUAGAACUAGUGUUCGUGGUUUUGUGAGUUUCACAGUAAGUUGCAAUUAUGUACCGUUUUAAUCUAAUAUUAAUCAUGACUGUAAUUUCUGCAGGUCGAUUUUGAUACAUUUCUCAAGGAAGCAGGCUCAACACUUGUUGUUGUAGACUUUUAUGCUGAUUGGUGUGGCCCGUGCAAGCUGAUAGCUCCAAAAAUUAAGGUACUAAUAAUUUUACGUCAAUUUAGCCAGGCCUAAAAGCUGAGCUGCCAUGAUGUGCUUGAAAAAGAAAUGAACACAACCACAUUCAGGGUUCUCAAUAGAUUUUUAAGUAGGAGGUGAUCACUGAUAAAGUAGGAGGCUCUUCAGCAAAGCCAGAGGUGUCAAAACAAAGCAAAGAAAAGCGACCUAAACAUAAAGUAAGCCUUAAAUAAAGUAUGACCAUUGAGAACCCUGCACAUUAACAUGACAAUGCCUUUAUAUAUGACCAAUGACUGACUUUAAAUAUAUGGGAUCUUCAAAAUUUUGCUUGUUUUAUGAUCAGUCAAAUGUUUGGUAAGAUGUGUAAAAAAGCCAAGCAUUCAGGUGAUGUGUGUGAUUCCUGGAAGAUUGAUAAUGACUGUGUACUACUACUUGUCACUGCGUAUUAUUCUUAGUUCUAAUUGCCAAGUACCAUAAUGUGACACCAUCCUGCAAAUUCACAAGGUUCAGUCAAGCUCAUACAUCCUGGCAUGUCGGUAAAAACCCAUUGUAAGAACCCGCUGUGGUUUAAGGACAUGCUGGCAGAAAUUCUUACUGGGUUUCUACCGUAGUUUUUCAGAAAGUGAUAGAGUUAAAUUUGUACUGAAUUUGUAAUAUAGACAGGAUUGUUUCUGUUACAGGGUUUUGCAGAGGAGUUUAGUGGAAAGGUAUAUUUUGCAAAAGUCAAUGUGGAUGAAAAUGAGGUAAGUAAGAAGACCAGCACUCUGUAGCAAAUUUCCCAAUGUUUGAAAUAUGUAAUAUUUAUUAUCUCCUUCCUGAGAAUGUUUUAUGACAAUAGCUGUCUUGUUAUUGGCUAAGAGCCUACGGUUUAUUCUGGAAAUCAGUUCACCCCAGCAGAUAACUGAAUAAUGUGUGUUUCAGAAAUAAUAAAUUGUGUUUGAUGUGACAGUGUUGUACCUAUUAAAUAAUGUAUGAUCAAACAAUAAAUAUUACCAAAUUCAGGUUCUGUGAUAUCCAGAAUAAUCAAGGUCUUGGUAAUCAUUAUCAGCUGAGGCUGAUAACACUUACCAAGACCUUGAUUUACUAAAAUAUCUAAUCACAGAAACCUCAUAAUUUUGAGAAUCCUCUCAAUGAGAAGAAAAUGAGAACAAUAUGCUUUUGCUGGGCUCGGUACAUUAUUAUUAAGACUGCAGCUGUGUAGCUGAAAUCUUUACACUCUACCUCGUGGAAAGUUAUUUUUUCUCAACCUUUUUCUUCUCCGGGUGCAAAGAAGGUCAGUUUUUUAGCCUGCCAUUCGGGCAAGCUGUAGCUAGCAUGUAGUAGCCUACAAGUCAUUUCAACUAGCCCCCAAACUCUUUUUGAUUAGCAGGAUUGAUUACAAUCCUCCUGUAAUUUGAAUUUCCCCCAAAAAACAGCACUUGCCCGUCGAGCAAGUUAAGAUAAAAAAUCAGUAGCCCGAUGGCAAAUCCACUAGCCCCGGCCUAUCGCACAAGACUUUCUUUGCUCACUGCUUCUAAUGGUAAAUAAGUAACAGCAAGUCAUGUUGUCCAGUUCUGUCUGCAAUAAUCAUACCAUGAUAAAACAGAUCACCCCAUUUUUGUAAUCUAUGAUUACAAGCUGCUCAAUCAAGCUUCAUUCAAUUCUUGAAUUUAAGCAUUGUUUUCAGGUGUUGGAAUAUCAGAUUAUAAAACAAACGUUUUUGAGUCUUUGAUCAAGUUUUUGAAAUAAUCAUGAUUAUUUUGUUAUUGUGGAAAUUCUCAAUUAAGUUAGUGGUCAAAAUAUUUGUCAUUUUUGAAGUAGGAUUAAGGUGGUCAAUUAUUUUUCCCUCAUACAGUAAAAGCCCACAUAUAAGAAUUAUAUAAUUUGGCAUUUAAAUACCCCAAAAAAUAAGAACCUGUUCAGCCUGGAAAAGAAAAAUAGGUUCUUAUACAAAAAAGCCACUCCAAUUUUGAUCGUCAAAAUUCUGGAUUGCAAUAUUAUUGUCUGUGUGAGAAACAUCUGGCAAAAGGUUAUUGUGUAUAUGUUUUCUCUGAAAAUCCAAACAAAUUUUGUUUGGAUUUUCUCAAGAAAUCUGUUUUCCAUAAACCAUUAUGUAUCAGUAGCACAAUUUUUCUGCCAAUGGUUGCACUAUGACAACCUCUGAAAAAUUAAAACCAGAGUAUUAAGAACCUAAUCAGCCUGAAUUGUGAAAAACUACCGUAUAAUAAUAUUAUAAGGACCUGUUCAGCCUGACCUCGAAAAUUGUAGGUACUUAUAUGUGGGUUUUUACUGUAUUGUAAAUGAUUUGUGAAUUUUGAGUUUACUCUACAGCCAGUGAUGAUUGUUAUUGUUAGCUGGUGAAUAUAUUCAUGAAAUUCUUUAUUCUGUAUGAGGCUAUCUCAUGCAGUAUGAAGAAUUUCUCAUUCAUGGUAUUACACAGCCAGUGCAUGCAUAUUUUUGGCUUUAAUAUGUUUGCAGUUUACAUAAUUGUAAUGAAACAUUCUCUGGAAUAAUGUUGGAUGAGGUUUGAAAGGGCCCUUACUUUUUUUUUGUAACAGGAAACUGCUGAAAGUCAGGGAAUUUCAGCCAUGCCUACUUUCAAGCUCUACAAAGAUGGCAAACAGGUACAAGGACAAUUUUAUUUGCUUUAUAAUCUUUUUUUUUUUUUCAAAAGAUAAAAACCUUUGGAGUAGAAACAAUAGACAAACGGUUGUGAAAGAAAUGUGUUAUCUUAAUGGAAUGUUGAUCAUGGCCUCUAUUCGUUGCCUUGGCAACGGUGAAGGUGAUAUGUUAUUUUCACAUGUGAAGAUAUCAUGUUUUCGCACAAAAGCUCACCUGGUAUUUCAUCGGUGUUUAUAUGAUAAGAGAGAAUAAGCAGUGAUUUUGUUACAAAAAGUUUUGGUGAGUCCUGAGACUCAUCUUGUGAAAAAUCUUGAGUCCCUGUCCACCAAUGAGUUCCAGUCCAAAAAAACAAGGAGUCAUAAAUGUAACAGUUUACUGAAAUUAAAAUAUAGUCCUUCUAUUGCUGGUUUGCAUGUCAUGUGAUGGCAGCCAUGUUGGUGGCCAUGCAAGAACAAAGCGUUGCUCUCCUCUGGGAACUAAAUUAUUCAAGGAAAAAUUCUAUUGUAUUGAACCCAAUAUGGCCGCCUUGUCACAUGGUUGCAAGCCAAGAAUAUAUUUAAAGCACAAAAAAGACUUCUAAAAUUAAUAUAGAAGUGAAUAUGCAUCUUUAAAAAACAGCCACAGAAAUCACACGAACAGGAUAUUCUACCCAAAAAGUCUUCAAAUCGGUCGAUCAUUCUUUGCAUCCCAUGGGAUGCAUUCCAUGAAUUAUUGUGCAUCUUGGGGGAUUGUUCUUGCGUCAGGGACGCAGGACGCAGAGGUAACAAAAUCACUGGUAAGGGGUUGUACCUCAGGCUGGAGCCUCCCUGUAUUAAACUUUGAUUAGUAGCUGCCCCCCCCACUACCCCCCAUUCUUUAUGAGGGCUUGAUCUGUUUUUCCUUGUUUUACUUUUUGUCAUUGUGAAGAAGGGCACAGGCUGGAUUGAACAUGAGGGGUGAUAAAUGGUCCAUUGAAAUUUUUAACUGCUCGCAAAAUUUUACCUUUGCUCGAUUUGCUCGCAAAAUUUAAACGAGUGCUCGCUUGCUCGUGCUCCCCAAAUUUUUGCAUCUCGCAAGCUCGCAAAGCAAACUUUUUAUUUCUGCUUGUGCUCACAAAAAAAUCGCAGUGCUCGGCAUGCUCGCGAAUGCUCGCAAAGACCAUUCGUCACCCCUAACAUGUAAGAGCCGAGUUAGAUUUUAAUGUCUCUCUCUCUCUUACUAAACCACAUUUACUCCUUACAGUGCCAAACACGGGAUAUAUUUAAUGGUGUAUACCGUAUAUUUAAUGGUGAUAUAUUUUAAUAGUGCCAAACAUAGGGGAUAUAUUUAAUACAAAAUUCUAGCAUUUUUCUUGUUGUUCUAGGUUGGUGAGCUAACUGGUGCGAAUGAAGCCAAGCUAAGGGAACUAAUUGAAAAGCACAUAUAACUUAACUUGCCUAAUUAGGAUUGUAUUGAAACAUCUCAACCCAUGUAUACCCUCAUAGAACAUUAUUGUUUGAUUGCUGUACACCCAUCUAUCCUAGUACAUUUGAACUUGCUGAGAACUAUUUUAAUAGUUUAGGACAUCUCCUCAACCGAAUUAUCUCAAGGGAUUUAGCUCAUGCUGCAUAACCUUGCAAAAUGCAAAGCACUAAGUGAGUUUUGUCGUUAGUUCUUUGUUAAGAGCACUGUGAUGUUUGAAUAAAUUCCUCCUGUCAAGUGAACCAAGCUAAUCAUGGUUUAAGAAUUGAGGGAAGUUUACCAUGAU